AUGAGUUUUGAUUUGAACGUUUCUUGUGGAGAUGAAUUCCCGAACGAUAACUCAUGCUAUAAUUUUGCUGGUGACGACCUUGAUGGUAGGAACGCAGAUUUUGAGUAUGGUGACUCACUUCCUCAUGAAAAUAAUCUAGAACAAGACGGUGAGGAAUGUGAGAAUGGUGAUGAUCGUGAUGGGAGAGGUGAUGGUGGUGAAGAUUCUGUUCGGAUGAAUCAUAAAUUUGAUGACUUUAAGAUGACAGAUGGUGAAUAUUCUGUGCAAGUGUCGAAGAAGCUAGUCGAAGAUUUGAUAAAUGUUGGUUGUCUUGUUGACACUUUGGAUGAAGUCCACGUGUUGUACCGUAAGUAUGCACGAUUGACCGGUUUUUCUGUUAGGAAGGGCAGUCAAGGGUAUUUCCUAAACACAUACUUCGUUCGUGCAAAGUUGUAUCACUGUUCAUGUGAGGGGUCACCGGAUGAUAAGCGUUCCAAAGGUAGAGUUUCGGUUUGCAAGAAACAGUCAUACCGGGGUAAUUGCAAGGCCAAGCUUUGUGUUUGUAGGGAAGACGUCAAUUCACCAUGGAAAGUUACCGUUUUUGAGACGCAGCACAACCACAAAUUGGUUGACCCCAGCGAGAGUUACCUCCUCCGAUCAUCCCGCAAUAUGUCUCAAUCCAACAAGACGUUGCUUGUAGCUUUGUUGUCGAGUGAGAUAGGUGUCAGUCGUGCGUAUCGUUUCAUGGAGAUCGAAGCUGGUAGUCGUGCGAAUAUUGGAUUCUUACGUAAGGAUGUGUAUAACGAACUCUAUGAUGAUCGACGAAAAAUGUCGAAAGAUGCUAAUUCAGAUGUGAACAAGCUGAUGGAGUAUUUCAUGGAGAAAGGCUUGAGCGACCCAUCAUUUUAUUGGAAAGUGAAGGUAGGUGACGAUGGAAGGCUCAAAAAUCUGUUUUUCCGAGAUGGCAGGUGCCUCGUAGACUACCAGCAUUUUGGAGAUGUUGUGUCUGUAGAUGCCACCUACAAAGACUAA